AUGUUUAUUUAAUAACAACCCUCCAGAUAACCCUACCUUCAACCCAAAUUCCCUAUCCAAUAAUAAUUUCAUUCAAAUAAUUAUAUUUAGCAAGUAAAAACAAAUAGAAACCCAUUAGAAUUUUGCACCUUAGAUCAAACAAUAAUUUAUUGCUUAAAAUUAAUACAAACCUGAUUUGAUGUCCAGUAUUCCUUUUGCUAAAUCUAUAAACUAUGAAGUCCCUAAAUAAAAUAAUUAAAUUCACAAUAAUAAUUAAGAUCCAAAGUAUAUCAAUUCAUCAUUCUUAUAGAAAACAAUCCUCAGAAAUGGUUUAGUUAAUUAAAGAAAGUCAAGAAUUAAAAAAGAACAUAAAUGAUAAGGAUUAGGAAAUCUAAAAAAGCAUGCAAAAUAUAACAAGGCUUGAAUAAUUAAUAGAAUAUUUGGAAAAAUAAUAAUAAGAAAUGCCAUAAUAAUGCUUAGAGGCAUAAUGA